GGAGGGAGGGAGGGAAGGCUAUAAAUUUAGUGCUGCGAGUAUACAGGGGAAUCGCUAUAAGUAAACGCUCUAUACCGGGAAUAGCCGGCCGUCCGACCGACCGUCCGUCCGGGAGGAAAGAAACCAGCCAUGGGGGACGGUGGUGGUGGUGAUGGCGCCGCCGCCUCCUCGUCGCCGCCGGCCGCCGCGGCCGCCCCGGGGUUCUCCUACCUCGCCGUCUUCCACAACUUCCCCCUCGUCGCCGCGCUGCUCGGCUUCGCCAUCGCGCAGUCCAUCAAGUUCUUCCUCACCAGGUAUAAGGAGAAGAGAUGGGAUCCUAAGCGGCUUAUCGGCUCCGGUGGCAUGCCGUCGUCGCAUUCCGCGACCGUUACAGCAUUAUCAGUAGCCAUUGGCUUCCAAGAGGGCUUCGGCAGUGCCCUCUUUGCCACAUCCACGAUAUUCGCAAGUGUGGUGAUGUAUGAUGCUUCUGGUGUCAGAUUGCAUGCUGGAAAGCAAGCAGCGGUGUUGAACCAAAUAGUCUGUGAACUACCGGCUGAACAUCCCUUGGCUGAAACAAGACCAUUGCGUGAACUUUUAGGCCAUACCCCGACCCAGGUUGUCGCCGGUGCGGUGCUUGGGUGUAUGAUAGGUAUUGCAGGGCAAAUUAUCAUUGCAGUGACAAGUGUUGUAUGAUGCUUGCCGUGUCUCAAGGUGCAGGAGAAUUGCUAGUGUUUGCAGAGACCUGAGAAGAAGAAGCUUCUCUGGUGUUUCUGUGACUUAGGUAUCGGUUCGAUGUGUAAUGUUGUGCUGUAGUGCUGUUGAGAAUCAAGUUUUGAUAGCACCUAAUUGUAUGUUCAGGUGAUGUUCUCAGGCUUGAUGUACAGAAUAUCUAUUCGAUAACUUCAUUGCUCUGGUGAAAGCUAGAAAGUGGAUGCGUCACUAGUUA